AUGGCGAUCCAGAAAAAGCACGGAAAAGGUCGGUUGGAUAAGUGGUAUCGGCUUGCGAAGGAGAAAGGCUAUCGUGCCCGUGCUGCUUUCAAGCUGAUCCAGUUGAACAAGAAGUAUGGGUUCUUGGAGAAGAGUAGAGUUCUUCUUGAUCUCUGUGCUGCGCCUGGUUCAUGGUGUCAAGUCGCUGCGGAAUGCAUGCCCGCCCAGAGUCUCAUUAUCGGUGUCGAUCUCGCUCCGAUUAAACCUAUUCCCCGAGCAAUUACCUUCCAGAGCGAUAUCACUACCGACAAGUGUCGCGCUACAAUUCGAGGUCACCUGAAGCACUUCAAGGCUGAUACUGUCCUUCACGACGGUGCUCCCAAUGUCGGUACCGCUUGGGUUCAAGACGCUUUCUCGCAAGCAGAGUUGGUGUUGGAGUCUUUGAGAUUGGCUACAGAGUUCUUGGCGGAGGGUGGAAACUUUGUCACAAAGGUCUUCCGUUCAAAGGAUUACAACCCGCUUCUGUGGGUUUUCAAGCAGCUGUUCACAUCUGUGGAGGCGACCAAGCCUCCUUCAUCGCGUAAUGUCUCUGCCGAAAUCUUCGUCGUCUGCCGUGGAUACAAGGCCCCCAAGCGCCUCGACCCGAAGUUCCUCGACCCCAAACAUGUCUUCGCCGAACUUGCAGCUCCCACACCCAACAACGAGGCAAAGGUCUUCAAUCCGGAGGUGAAGAAGCGUAGACGUGAAGGUUAUGAGGAGGGAGACUACACCCAAUUCAAGGAAAUUCCAGCUUCCGAAUUCAUCAACACCACGGAUCCCAUCGCCAUUUUAGGUUCCUACAACAAACUCAGUUUUGUUGAACCGCCAGGUGGAGACAUUGCUUUAUCUACCAUCAAUCGACUCGAGGAGACUACGGAAGAAAUCAAAACUUGCGCCGAGGAUCUGAAGGUCCUUGGUAGGAAGGAGUUUCGCAACCUGUUGCGAUGGCGCCUGAAGGUUCGCGAGAAGUUUGGUCUCGUUGUUAAGAAGUCGGCCCAGGAGGAAGAGCCCGAGGAAGUCGCCGAGAUUGCCCCGAUGGACGAGGAAUUAGCGAUCCAAGAGCAGCUGCUGCGCAUGCGCGAAAAAGAGAGCGCCCGCGACAAGAAGGAGCGCCGCAAGGAGAAUGAAAAGAAGAGAAAGGAGAUUGUUCGCAUGCAGAUGCACAUGACCACCCCCAUGGAUAUUGGCAUGGAGCAGCAUGGCCCAGGAGGCGAAGACGCCACGUUCUCUCUCAAGCGAGUGGAUCGAGCGGGUGCUCGUGAUGCAGUUGUCAACGCCCGUGAUCUGGCACCUGAGAGCGACAGCGAAGACGAAUCUGAAUCCGAGUCGGAAGACGACGACGACGAUGGCGAUCGCCUUGAGCGUGAACUUGACGCCAUGUACGAGCAUUAUCAAGAGCAAAAGGAGGAUAGAGACUCCAAACUGCGCGCAAAGAAGGCUCGCAAGGAAUACGAGUCUGAGGCCUGGGACGGUUUCUCCGACGAGAACAAGAGCGAUAAUGAGGAAGAGGAAGAGGAAGAAGAAGAGGACGAAGAGCAGGAGACUAACAGUGUGCCCCUUCAGGCUGGCAACCUCUCGAACAACGCCGCUAUGUUCUUCGACCAAGAUAUCUUCCAGGGUGUUGGCGACGAGGAAGAGGAGGAGGAGGAAGAAGAAGAGGAAGAAGAAGAGGAAGAAGAGGAGGAAGAAGAGGAAGAAGAUAGCGACGUUGAGAUGGAGGAAGCCCCUGCUCCCGCGCCGAAGCAAAAGAAGAACAAAAAGGAGGCAAAGAAGGAGGAUUCUGAGUGGAUUGAUUCUGACGAAGAGCCGGAGGAACAAGAUCCUCGCAAGCCCAACGGCCAGCUUGACAUCGAUAUCAUCACUGCAGAGGCUAUGGCUUUGGCUCAAUCGAUGGUGACUGGCGAGAAGAAGUCCUCAGACGUUGUCGACGACGCCUUCAACCGCUACUCCUUCCGUGACGUGGACGGCGUGCCGGAGUGGUUUAUGGACGACGAGGGUCAACACAGCAAGAUACAACGCCCGAUCACUAAGGCCGCCGCCGCUGCCAUCAAGGAAAAGCUGCGAGCUAUCAAUGCCCGUCCGAUCAAGAAGGUGAUGGAAGCCAAGGGCCGUAAGAAGUUCAAGGCCGCACAGAAGCUGGAGAAGCUGCGCAAGAAGUCUGCCCUCCUAGCUGACGACGAGGCGCUCAGUGAACGUGACAAGUCCCAGGCCAUCUCCAAGCUGAUGAGCAAGGCCACCAAAAAGAAACCCAAGCAGCAGGUCAAGCUGGUUGUUGCUCGUGGUGCCAAUCGUGGUAUCUCUGGCCGUCCCAAGGGUGUCAAGGGCAAGUACAAGAUUGUCGAUUCGCGUAUGAAGAAGGAUAUCCGGGCACAAAAGAGACUGAAGAAGAAGAUGAAGGCGUAA